AUGAUAAGUCGAGACACUGGAUUCUAGGAUCUGGAGAGUGGAAUUUAGAGUAAUAAUUUAUCAUCAGGACAAUUGGUUGAUUUGGAAUAACAUAGCCCAAAUAAUGGAUAAUAAUUGGAUCCAACUUUAGAGUUUUCUUAAUUAUAAUAACUUGAAGCUCUAAGAAUGAAAAGAGAUAUUUUUGAUAAUAAAAAUAAGCAAGCAUUAAAUUUAGGAAAUAAAUCAGAUAUAAAUGAAGAAGAUUGUUUAAUAAGUAAUUUAAGGUAAGUUAGUUUGAUAUAAUAGUGGAAAAAGAAGUGAACCAUAAGGGUCCAUCAGUUCUAUAAAUUGCAACUAAUAGAGAUAGAAGCCUUUGACUACAAAAACACCUUAACAUAAGUCAAAUAAAACUAUUUAGUUCUAAUAAAAAUUUGAGUAAGAUGAUUUUGUAAUUGCAUCUCCAAUUAACGAAGGUACUAAUAUUUUAAGAAUAAAAUCUGAUGCCAAAAUAGCAAAAUAUUAAACAUUUGUAUAAAAAUUAGAAGAAGAACAAGAGUAAAAUGAGAAAUCAAAGAGAGCAUAAAUACUACGUGAUACAGUAAAACAAUAAUCUUUAGUUUUGAGAGGAAAGAGUAGAGAAAUGAAAACAGGGUAUUAAUAUUAAGUAAUUAUAAAGACUAAAUGAAGUUUGGUCACAGAAAGCUUUAAUAAUUAUUAGAUUAGUAUCUCGUUUUAUUUAAUAAUUAAAGACUAAAACAGAAAGAAUUAAAUUUAGACUAAUAACUUAAAGAAUAUUUGAAGUAAUUUGUGAUAAUAGUGCAAAUUUUUAAUAUAUGUUAAUAAAUAGAUUAAUUAAACAGAAACCAAGUUUAGGAUUAAUAAUAUUUCAUCACUUUUAAAGUCGAGCUCUAAUAUUAUUAAAUGCAAUAGAAUCAAUAAAUGACUUUUUUAGUAAAUAUGUAAAAGUGAUAAAACCUGAUAGUUUAUUUAAGAUAGUCUGGGAUAUUAUACUAUUAUUAUUUAUUGUAGUUAACAUUUUUUAUAUUCCAAUAUACAUAAGUUUUGAUGUUAGAUCAUCUGGAUUAUUUGAAUGGAUAUUUGAUUUAUUACCUUCAUGGGUUUUUAUUGCAGAGAUUAUAUUAAAUUUUAAUACAGCAUAUUAUGAUAAAGGUUUAAUGCAUGAAGAUAGAAAAUAAAUAAUGAAACAUUAUGUAAAAGGUAAUUUUUUUUGGGACAUAAUUGUUGUGAUCCCAUUUUUGAUUUCUUAUUUGGACAUCCCAUUUGUAAGAUACACAUUAUUAUUGAGACUUACUCGAUUAUCACCAUUAAUGACAAGUAUUGAAGAAGUCCUGAAUUUAGAAGUAUUUCAUUAUAUCUAUAAUAAUAAUAGGAUAGUCUUUAAAUAUUUUUAGAUUUACUGAAGUUAAUCUUCUUUCUGUUAUUAACUGGACAUUUUUGUGGUUGUGCAUGGCAUUGGGUUGCAAUAAUUGAAUAUCAAGAUUAUGGAUAAGAAAUAACAUGGCUUACUCAUUAUGAACCUAAUGCUAUGAACUAUGAAUGGUUUGAUAGAUAUAUUAUAUCCUUAUAUUGGAGUGUUAUCACUACUGUUACUGUAGGUUAUGGUGAUAUUGUACCUGUUACUACAGUGGAGAGAGUGUUUGUUAUUGUAGUAACUUUGUUGAUUUGCGGAGUGUUUGGUUAUUGUUUAUCUAAUAUUGGAAACAUAUUUAAAUAAAUAACAGAUAAGAAAGCUAUCUAUAAAUAAAGAAUUAGAGAAAUCAAUUAACAUAUUAGAAAGAGAGGUCUAAGUUAUAAUCUGUAAUUAAAAGUAGAAUAAACAUUUAAAUUUUUUAGGUUAAAAAGUAUUUUGAAUAUUUCCUAAAAGUUAAGUAGGAGGAGGAUCAACAUGCAGAAUAAUUUAUAGAACAAUUAACUAAACAUUUAAGAGAAGAAGUCUUAAUUGAUAUUUAUAGUAAGACACUAAAACAAUCAAGAUUUUUAAGGGAAAAUUUUAGUGAAGAAAUUUUGAAUCGAUUAUGUUAGAUAGUAAAAGAAACUAAAUUGUACCCAGAAUAAGUACUUUUUUAAAGGAAUGAUUCUCCUAAAGCAUUAUGGUUUGUUUUGUCUGGAGCAGUUGAGUAUGUUGCUGAUCAUUAAAGUAUAUUAAAUCAUUAUAUACUCUAGAUGAAGAUGAACAUUAUUAUACUGAAACAUUCUUAAAGAAAUUAACUCAAGGGUACUAUAUAUGAAAUUAUGUAUUAUUAGAGCAGUUAUUGGUGAAAGAGAAUUCAUAUCUCAAACUCCAUAUGAAUAUAAUGCUAGAGCUACUAAAUUUACUUAAUUAUUAGUUGUAGAGUAUAUAUAUCAAUAUUAUUGAUUAGUUAUUAACAAUUCUAUUUAAUUUUAUAAGAAAAUAAUGAUGAAUUUGAGAAGUAUUGUUUAGCAAAAGAUAAUCUAUUAUUUAAUAGUAAUUAUAAAGCAUUUGGAUAAAUUUGUGAAAUUUGUGGAUGGACUCAUAGAUUUAUUUAGUAAAUCUUAUAUAUUAUGAUUUAGAUGUCCUUUUGUGUUUUUAUAACCUAAUAAAAAUAAAAUAGCAAGUUCCUUUGUUUCAACUAAGACAAAUAAAAGAUUAUCAUUUCCAUAUAGAUCACUCCCUAAAACAAAUUGGAGAAAUAAUAUACCUGAAAUAUAAGAAGCUGCAUUAGGCUACAUUGUACUAAAUAACAUUAUACCAGAGAAGUACUUAUUUUAUUAUCAUUCAAGAGAAAUAAAUGAUAACUAUCUUAUUAAUUUGGGGUUUGAAUUAAAUGAAAGGGAUGAAGAACCUUCAAAAAUUAUACCCAAUAAAAAAAACUCAUUGUCCAAAGAUCAAAAAAUAUUAUCUCAAUAUGAAAAUACACCUUAAUAAUAACCUAUAUAAUAACCAUCUAUUUAAACUGUUUUGUAAGAUUAAAAAUCAUAAAAUUAAACAGCAAUAUUUCAUAAAGAUGGUUAAAAAAUUAAUAUGACAAAUGUAACUUUUUAUUUAAAAUUUAUAGGAAAGCAUUAUUGAAUGGGAUUAAGGUAGUUAAUUAAAGAAAAGCAUGAAUAGAAUCAAAUUCUAAGGACUUGACAGAGGAAGAACACUUUAAUCAAUUAAAGGGAAAUACCACUAAAAUAAUGGAGGAGUUGAUAUUUUAGAAGAAUCAAUGAUCUAAGAAGAAGUCAAAAUUUAAAAUACUAAUAUUGGAUCAUAAAAUUAUAUACAUAAUAAACUUAAAAUGGUUAAAAGUAAACAUAAUAACUAAAAUAAUAUUGGAAUUAGAAAAGUAUCUUGGCUUGAAUUUGAUAGUGGAACUAGUCAAUAUUAAGGUUUUUAUAAUAUUUUUAAAUAUUUUUAGAUGGGAAAGCUGUCUAAUAAACAUUUAAUAAAUAAAUUAGCAAAGGAAGUGAAACCAACUUUGAUUAACCUCCAUCAAUUAAUUAAUAAGAAAAUGAUAUCAUUUAAAGAAUUGAGGCCAGAGAAAAUAGCAUAAAAUCAAAAAAGACAAAUAAUAAGUAUGAGAUAUCCAUAUUUUAGUAUUGAUAUAACAAGAAAGAAAAAAAGAAGAAAAACUACUUAACUAUUAUAAUUCUUUUAAGGUAUGGAUGGUGGAGACAUUAAAUCAACAAAAAAAGUAGAUAAAGGUAUUUUAGGAAAUGAUGUAUACAGUUCUAGUGUAUAUACUACUGGAGGACCAAGUAAUACUGCUUUAAUGGAAUCUAAUAAUAAAGAUAAUAAUGCAGAUAAUAAUAGUGUUCAUGUUGCUCAUUCAUUUGAUGGCAUUUAAAAAAGAAUCUAAGAUAUAGUUCAUGUUCAUUUUGAAAUGGAUUUGGAUAGAUUUAAAUCAUCUAAAUUUUAUUUUCCAGAUUAUAAUUUAGAGGCUGUAUUAUAAAAAAUUACAAUAUAUUAUGAGAAAUUGAAUGAUAAAAAGAAUGAUUUUGAUUCAAGGGAAAUGAAAAGAACAAAAACUAAUAUGACUUUAUUUGAUAGAAUCAGAUAAGCAAAAAAUUAAAAUCUUAGAGGAAGUUUUAUGGAUAAAUCACUAUAAGAAAAUGAUUGAA